CAUCUUCCUCUGGUGUAUUGCUGCUGGUCAGCUGAUGGUGAUGAUGAUGGUGAUGAUGAUGGUGAUGAUGAUGAUGUUGAUGAUGGGAACACAAACACGGUGAAGGAUGCUGCUGCCGCUGCGGUGCUUCUGAGACCAACCCGAGCUGUUCUCCGCCCCGCACCAAGCUUCAGCGCCACCCGCCCUGGAUGCGCCUCUCGAUGGGUUGCGGUGGGAGUCGGGCGGACGCGAUAAUCGAGCCGAGGUACCACGAAAGCUGGACCAGAGAGACCGAAUCGACAUGGCUUACCAAUACGGACGUGGAACCCCCUGUGUCGGUUUCAAACAGUAAAGCUGUGGAGGCCAGUCUGAGGGAGAAGAGGAUGGUGACCACAGGGACCCAGUGUGGGAAGCAGGGCCUCUCCACCAAUGGCUCCAACCACCAGAGGAGACCCAGGCGCUCCCUGAGUGAAAGCUCUCGCGACUCUAAAAGGAGGGCAUCGAAGGAGGCCGGCUCCUUGUCGAAGGACAGCCAGUCCRUCAGCAUCGGCAGCGGCGGAGACCCUGAACCAGGGAACAUGUGUGACGAGAGAUGAAACAAAAGAAGAGUCGAAACACACGCUCAGAGAACGGCAUCGUAACAAUUAGCCGAUGUGCAGAUGAUGUUCGCCAGCGACUUUGCUCGAGCCCGGCUCUUGGCGGCAGCGGUUUGUAACACGAGCGCCUGCUUACGUCUCCAUCCAAAGACCUCUGGAUGCUGCAUCCAUGUUGCAUGUGUGAGGAAGAGAGUGGCUCACAAACAGUGUUCUCACUCGCCGCCAUGCUUUUCUCCCAUGCUACUAGCAUCAGUCAGGGAAUGUGUCACUGUGUUCACACAACUAUAUGAAAUACAUAAAAAAAA